AUGGAAUUCUUUUUAACACAGAUCAAGAACCAAACAGGGAUGACACAGGAUAAAUGGACCCACACUGGCUGGAGAAUAGAGUAGAGGUAUGCAAACAAAGUACUGUUGGGCAACUGGAUGGAAGAAACUGCAGUCUUUCUUUUUUUCAUUCGUGAGCCAAAGGGAGCCAACAGUACCAAUCGUGUAGACUUUCAACCCCACUGGGACUUCAAGCCAGACGUCUUUGAGCGAAGAUCUGCCCUGCUGAGAGCUGAGGGAAAUCCAUCCAAGCUGCUGUUUGUCCAGCAUGGCUCACCAUCCUCUCAUUACUUGGUCACACAUUAGGAAGAGAGCUACGGGCAUAAGCACACCAAUGCUUUGCCCACUCUGCGGCCCUGGCAUCCAGACAGUUUGACAUGGCAGCUUGAGAGGUCUGACUGGCAAAUUUCUGGCCUUCCAACAAACUUUGGCCCACUGCAGUGCACAAAGCACCAUUUGGAAAAGCAGCAUUUACACCUCCCAUCACUGACUGUGUACAGGUCAGCAUACCAGAAGCACCCACUUAGUACCUUCUGCCAAAUAUGCUUUGCCAGGGCUUCACAAGCCAAUCACAACAACAAGGGCCUGGAUCUGAGACAAUGUUUGCUACUACAAGUCCCAGAUCGUUGUUUCAGUCUACGUCCACAAUCAUAACAGACUUAGGCACUGAACUGUAGUUCUUGAAUUGCCUCACAUACUGCUUGUUAAUUUAGAAGCCCUGAUCAAAGUAGUCCUGCUUUGUGGUUCCUCUUUUUGUCUUAGUCAGCUGCAUGAAAAAAAAAAUUAACAGAGCAGACCAUUUGGGAAAUCAAAAGGAAUUUUAAAAAUUAAACAUGACUCUCAUUAUGUUGCUGGAAGGACCACUCUAGGUUUACAGUCUGCUGUGUAGUGAGUUGCCUCAGUGUUUAUAUGAGUACUAGUGUGUCUGUUUGCAAGAAGGACAAAGAAGUGGGCUAUAUAUUAUGGUUGUGUUUCCAAAGGAUAAUUACAUGCAAAUUCUUCUUGUAGUCUGUUGUUGUCUCUGUACAGUUAAUAUCUGAAUGGACAUCUAGCAUUACCUGAGAUACUCUGUGGAAAAAAAAGAAAAGAAAGAUAAAAAAAGUGUUGAUGCCAGAACUAACCUGGGUAUUGAGGCAAACUGGAAACCAUGAGCCAUAUCUGUAGGGAUGUGUCAUAUUCUAUUAGUUAGUUAGUUACAGGGAAUCAGAGUCUUUAAUUAGGAAAAAUCAAAAAUGCUUAUGUUUGAUGGUCAACCAUCUGCUGCCUUAGAG